UCCAAGUCUUGUUUCCGAGAGUGUGGGGAGACAUUUCACUUGGUUGAGAGAUGGCAAUGGUCCUGGAUUCAUUUGUUUCAAGAUACAUUGGAGAAGUGACACUCUUUCUUGAGGGAGAGAUAUGCAAAGUGCUGGGCGUUAAGAAGGAGAUCAAGACGCUGCAGGAGAAGCUGGAGACGAUCAAAUGUUACCUCGAAAGUGCAGAGCGGAAAAGCCGUGGGGAUCGCGGCAUCGAGGACUGGGUGAUGAGGCUGAAAGCCAUCAUGUACGAUGCCGACGACAUCAUCGAUCUGUGCAUGAUGGAAGGUGGCAAACUGUUGGAGGCUCGGGGAUCAGCAUCAGCUUCAGGGGUAAGCUUCCUUUUCAGCUUUGUUUCUUCUUGCUUUCGGUGUACCAAAUACCGCCAUGAGAUUGCGGGUGAAAUCGAAGCCAUUAAUGGAAGACUGAAACAAAUAGCUGAGGAUACCUCCAUCCUUAGUAAUCUACAGUCUUCUGGUAGUCACCAACCCCAACCCGAAAAACCAACUGUACUUGAGACGUCUCCCUUGGAAGUCGAGGAGGACAACGUAGGGGGACAAAUCGAAGUAGAUGCCGAUACUCUAAUCACUGCCAUGCUAGAGGACACCAAACAAAAAUGUCGUAUAUUUGGGAUUGUUGGAAUGGGCGGAAUCGGGAAGUCCACUCUGGCACGUAAAAUAUACAAUGAUGAAAGGAUCAGAGUCAAUUAUCCCAUUCAGAUAUGGUUGUAUAUCUCUAAGAAUUAUUCGGAGACGAAGUUACUCGGAGAGUUAAUUCGGUGCGCAGCUAACAAACUUGAAGGACGUGAAGCCAAAUCAGAAUCGUUCGAGGGACAAAGCAGAUCAGAAUUGGAACCCAAACUUGCCUCUCUCCUCACCAAAAAUUUAUUUGUCGUGUUGGAUGAUGUCUGGAGUACAAAUUUAUGGAACGAUUUCCUCAGGAAACCACUAAGUAAAGCAGUAGGUAGCAGCACGAUCUUAGUCACCACGAGGAAUGAAACUGUGUUAAAUGGUAUGAGAGCCAGCUAUACCCACUCGGUUGAGAAAAUGGAUGACAAUAGUGGCUGGAUGUUGCUUCGAAAUUUGGUAUUUCGAGCUGGGGAGGAGGAUGACGAGCGUAUGUUGGAAGAAGUAGGCAUGGAAAUUGUUAGAAAAUGUGAUGGCCUUCCCCUUGCUAUCAAAGCUAUUGCAGGGCUUCUUGUUUCUAAUGACAAAAGCAUAGGGAAGUGGAAAGAAGUCCUCGAAAGUGAUGCGUGGAAUAUGAACCAGAUCGACGAUGAAGUACCAGCGGCUUUGAAUUUGAGCUAUGUGGAUUUACCAUCUCAUCUGAAACAAUGUUUUCUGUAUUGUUCUUUGCUCACCCAGAAAAGUGAUUCGUAUUACAAGGAAAUUAUUCGGUUAUGGGUAGCCGAAGGCCUUAUCGCAGAACGAGGAAAUAGGCUGUUGGAAGAUAUAGGAGAGGAAUACUACCAUGAAUUAGUUUGCAGGAAUCUUCUACAAGUGUACCCAGGUACCUUAGGCAGGGAACACUUCUUUAUGCAUGACCACUUUCGAUCUCUGGGUGCAUAUUUAAUGAAGGACGAAGGAAAACUAAUUAGACAUGGUCAAAGAUUAAAUCUAAAAGCCAAUGCAAAGAUCCGUCGGUUGUCAGUGUCUAAAAUGGGGAAUAAAUUGGAACUGCCAGAUCAAAUUAUGGAAGACAAGUGUUUAAGAACCUUAAUUCUCAUUUAUUCCCCUCGAACCAAGAUAAUCGAGGAUAAUGUACUUAGAAAGUUAUCACAUCUUCGAGUGUUGGUUCUGUCUGGUACAUCAAUUAAGAGACUUCCAGAUUGUAUCGGAGAUCUGUUGCAGUUGAGGUAUAUAGAUUUGGAUGAGACAAAUAUUUAUGAGAUACCAGAAUCUAUAGGACGCCUUGCAAACCUCCAAACUCUGAACCUCUAUAAUUGCGCACAUUUGCACAGACUUCCUAACGCGAUCACCAGACUGCACAGUCUACGAUGUCUUGAUAUUGAAAAUGUUCCUCUGACUCAUGUACCCAAGGGAAUCGGAAAACUGAUGGAUCUUAAUCAUCUCGAAGGAUUUGUGAUCGGCCACAAUGAUCCAACGAACGAGUUGCAUGAGGAGGGAUGUGACCUAGAGGAGCUGCAAGCUCUUUCUAAGCUCAGAUGUCUGAGAAUAUAUGGGCUAGAGAGGGCAGUAACAGGGGUCUCGGUACUUGCGGACAAAACUCUUCUCAAGGAGCUGACUUUAUGUUGGAUGCCUCCAAAAGAAGAUGACGAUGAUGAGGAAGACGAUGGUGAUGGUGAUGGAGAUGAUAGCUACUGUGAGAAAGAUGAUGAUGAUGAGGAGGAGGAAGAAAAUAAGGAGGAUAACAGAGAUAAGGAUGAGGGCCAAGAAGUGACAUGGAAUGAGAAGGAAUUCCAAGCAGUUGAGAAGGUAUGCGAUGAACUCUCUCCCCCAUCCAGCCUGCAAGAUCUUACCAUUCGACGAUUCCCCGGUCGGCAACUCCCAUGCUGGUUGAUGUCAACCUCACUAGACAAAUCCUUCCCUAAUCUGGCAUAUUUGAGGUUUUGGGACCUCAAAUCAUGCACGGAACUGCCUCCUCUAGGCAUGUUGCCCCUUCUGAAACAUCUUGACAUCACCGGCGGUGAAGCCAUCAAAACCAUUGGGCCUGAGUUUCUGGGCCGCAAGUUCCCUGGAACUUCCGCAUUUCCAAAACUUGAACAUUUGGAGUUUGACGAAAUGCCCAACUGGGAAGAAUGGUCAGUAUGGAGGAUGGAAGAAAAUGGUCAGGGACCGCACCUCAAGCUCUUUCCUAAUCUGAAGAUAUGCAAGAUCAUAGAGUGUCCGAAACUGAGAGCUCUUCCAGAAGGCCUAUCCCAUGCUACCAAGUUGAAGGAAUUGUAUCUUGAUAGUACUCAAGACUUGAGAGAAAUCACAAACCUCCGGUUGAAUUACAAGCUCGAGGUCAAAGAUAACACGAUGUUGAAUAGAAUAUCCAACCUUUCCAUGAAGUAUCUGAAGGUGGAAGAUUGUCCGAAUCUGGAGUACGUGGAGAAUCUCGACAGGUUGCAACAGCUGGUCCUGAUAUGUCCGCGACAAAUGAAGCAACUUCCGCAGUGGCUGUCAACCCUAAUUCAGCAGCGCCAAAGCAUUCCUUCUGCUCAGUGGAGCUUCAGAAAACUGGAACUGCAAUGCAACACCGUGCUGCUGAAGAGCUGUCUCGAGGGCAACGAGAAUUGGCAUAUCAUUCAACAGAUUCCAGAUGUCAUAAUUCAAACCUAUUCCAGGAAAAGUUAUAUUCGAUACAGCAAGCAUCCACGCAUGUACGAUGCAAAAGUAUGAUGAAUUCGUCGUUCCGGAUCAAUAAAAGGCCUCUGCCCGGUUAUUCUACUUAUAGAUUUUUUGUGAAUAAAGAAGCUAUUUGGAGCAGGGAUUCGAUGAUGUUGUCCUACUAUCAAGCCUGUAUGCUUGUUUGUUUCCUUCUACGUUACUUAUUUGUGUAUUUGCAUCUCCACAAUAAUUUAUCUUUCCAAAAGAAUUUGGAACAAAUGAUGUGGUCAUGUAAAUAGUAUGAAGGCGUUGUCCAUAGGCUAGCUCAGCAUGAAGAUGUUGUCACUGAUCCAUAUACGGAGAUGGCACAGGGAGAUGAUUGACAAGAAUCUACGGACAAAUUUUCGUGCCUCAUCGCAAGUACAUUUUUCUUCCCUUUUCUCUUGUUGGUUGCUUUUAGCUGCUUAUAUUUUUAGGUUUUAUUACUACAUAAAGUUCUCGAUGUUUCUCUUCUUCAAAUGCUUCCUUUGGCAGGUCAUAAAGGGCUGAAUCCAAAGCUAGGUUCUCCUUCAACGUGAAGGCGGCUGCAUCAUCCUCUUCGAGGCUAAAAACGAAUCCAAAAGACAUCUACUCGGUCAUUGUGGCUACAACUUCACAGCAUUCUUCACUUUCUGUUCUUCCAUCUUUGUGGAGCCUCCCGGUCAUAUAUUUGGAGUUAUUUUCAUGCAUUAAGACUUUAGCAGAACGGUGCGAGAGAGCCCGUGUGUAUACAGUAGAUGGAGCUACAUUGGAUGUUGCAUGACCUCCAGUUUGAUGUGUGUUCAGAUUGUUCCUUGUUAUAUUUGAUCAGAAUAAUAUUUUUUAUUAGAAGCUUUUGCAUCGUCGCCUCUUACGACUGUUUGUUGACAGGAUCGAGAGAAUGAGAACCCCUUGUACGAGUUUGUGUCCAUUGUGUAACAACACUCUAUUUAUCGGGUUGGUAUUAUUAUUUUUCUUUUAA